CGUACAUACAGUAAUAUAACUAAUUGAUCCCGUGACCACACCACAGAGACGAAGACAUCAUCACAGUUUGGUUUGUUUUGUUUGCACUUUCUCUCACUCUCUUACUUGCUCCACUUUCCUCAAACAACAUCUCCAUCUUCCUCCCACUUUCAUCAAUCCCUCCGUCUGUUCACUUGGAAUCGAAAACCCUUUCCCGAUAUGGCUUCUCUUUCGGAUUUUCUCGAUCUCUCUCAAUCGUCCCUUCAAUGGGCGGCGCUCUCCAUCGCUUUCAACCCGAUCUUCUGGAAUAUUGUUGCCCGUGCCGAGUAUCGGAAACACUACCUGACUCGUAUAUUCGGUAAUCCAUAUUACGGCUGUUACUUCCUCGCAAUCACUAUCUUCACCCUGGGAAUCGCGCGCGACCAUGUGUAUCAGUUGGCCCUGGAAGACCAACCCUUUUAUGCCCCUGUGCACCAACCGGUUUUAGGAGGCGCCCUGUUCGCUGUCGGUUCUGUUCUCGUUCUUUCCAGCAUGUUUGCCCUAGGCGUCACCGGAACCUACCUCGGUGACUACUUCGGUAUUCUCAUGGACGCCCCGGUUACUGGCUUUCCUUUUAAUGUCACUGGCUCCCCCAUGUAUUGGGGCAGUACCCUGAACUUUCUGGGUGUAGCCCUGUACAAGGGCAAGGUCGCCGGAAUCCUCCUGACCGCCGAGGUUUUCAUUCUGUACUGGGUUGCUCUUCAGUGGGAAGAUCCUUUCACCGCUGAGAUCUAUGCAAAGCGCGAGCGUGAACGUGCAAAGACCAAGCAAGGCGGCAAGAGCCAAUAAUUUACCAUGUCAUCACGUCCAGUUCAAGCUACAACUUAGAACCUUUCUCUUCGACGUUAAGGCCCACAUGAUUGAGUCUUUGGACUUUCAACCUCCACCAAUCCGUGUCGGCCAGGAGAGCAUGGACGCUGCUAACUGAGCUACGUGACCAAAAUGAAAGAGUGGAAUUCAACAAUCAAGAGAAACCUGGGAAGAUGCAAUACAUCAAUGAUAGGUUAUGAGACCAAAUGUGGAACACAUCCCUAGACUAGAAAAAUCGUACAUUUCUAUUUACUUUUUUAUA